AGCCGGGAGGGCCGGGCAGCGCCGCGCCCACCCCGCCCCGCGCGGCCCGAGCUGGGCGCGCAGCCGGGUCCCGCUGGGGCGGCGCGGGGAUGGGCGGCGCGGUGGGAGCGCUGUGGCUGGGGCUGCUGUGGGCCGGCAGCGGGGCGGCGGGCAGCUGCAGGGGAAGGUGCUGCGAGGGCCGGGAUGCGGCGUGUGUCGGCGAAGGAUGGAUGGAGGGAGGAGGCUAUGGGACCUGCUAUUGCGACGGAGGAUGCCGGCGAGCCGGGGACUGCUGCCGCGACCACGGCCAGGCGUGCCCGGCUGUUCCAUGUGUUGUGGGGGAGUGGAGUCACUGGAGUGGCUGUGCAGAACAAUGUCAACCUGAUCUGCGGAUACGUAGGCGCUAUGUACAACAGGAACCUAAAAACGGUGGGGAACCUUGUCCUGCUCUAGAGGAGAAGGCUGGCUGCCUGGAAUACCUUACUUACCAGGGAAAGGAUUGCGGCCAUGAACACGUCCCUGCUUUCAUAACUACCUCUGAGUAUGGUAAAGAAAGAAAACGACGAGCAGCAUCUUUUCUCUGGCCUUCAGACAAAGAAGAAGCUGGGUAUUGUGUGGAAUUUAAAACAGAAACACUUUCACACCACUGUGCUUUGGAGACUCGGCCAUAUGCUCGAUGGAUGCAGUACCUACGAGAAGGACAUACUGUGUGUGUAACUUGCCAACCUCCAGCUAUGAAUACUGACACACACCGCUGUUCUGGAGAUGGCCAUAAUGCAGAUGGAAGUAGAAUCUUACACUGGGAAGCAGUUGGCAACUCUCAGUGCCAAGGAACUUGGAAGAAGAUUCGGCAACUGGAACACUGUUCAUGUCCCCUGGUGCAUAGCUUUAUUUUUACGUAAAAGUUUAAAAAAACUCUUUAAAACAGCAACAACAAAAAGAUUAAGAAAAUUAACACAAAUGGCAAGAAACUUAUCUUUCUGCUGCAUUUUUCUGGAGCCUUAAACUUUAAAGGAGUCAGAACUUUGGAAGAAGGAUUUCAGAAAGCUUUCUCUGCCUUAAUACAAAAUGCUAAGACUGAAUUUUGUAGAACACUAGAAGCAUGUUUCCAUGUUUCUCUCUUAUAAUUAAAGAGCUUAUGUUUCUAACUGUAGUAGCUGAUUUUCUUAAAGUUCUUGUUCUUUGCUGACCAGUCUUGUUUACAGGCAUUGCUCCUACUCAACAGCAAGCCAGCCAAACAUUCUGAAGUCUGAGAAUAGUCACGGCAUUAGUUAAAUAGCUGGGGUGAAUUAAAAUGAAA